ACGUGGUUUGUGUAAACCACGCACGCAGACUCAGGCAGCGCUUCAGAAAUGGCGGCCGAUGGUGGCAGCUCUUCGCUGCAGCUACCCUGCGUUUUUUCACCCAAAUCACGACAGUACUUAGCACUGUGUGCCCAGGAUGGCAGACUUCGCAUUUGGAACACAGAUAGUAAAACACUUCACCAAGAAUAUGUGCCUUCAGCUCAUUUGAGUGCCACUUGUCUCUGCAUAGCCUGGGGACCAUGCCGGACAGUCAAGGAGGGGCCUCAGAGGAAGAAGAGGAAAUCAGAGGUGGGGCAGGUGGAAGAGAAGGCCGACCUGUUGGCGAUGGGCACAGCGGCGGGCACCGUUCUCAUAUACAGUACAGCGAAGGGAGCUCUGCACUGUACCCUGGAUGGAGGCCAUAGCGGAGGAGUGAAUUGUGUCCAGUGGCACCCUGAAGACAGCUUAUUAUACAGUGGCUCAGAUGACACAAACAUCAUAGAGUGGGACCUGCAGACAGGCAAACCAAGGAGUAAGUGGAAGGCAGACCGUGCAGCAGUGACCAGUUUGUGUGUGAGCCCUGACGGUAAACUGCUGCUUUCAGCCGGCCAGAUAAUCAAGAUGUGGGACUUGGAAACCAAGGAGGUGUACAGGAAGUUCACAGGUCACUCCACAGCUGUGACGACCCUCUGCUUUGCCACCACGCGACCUCCCGACAGCAACGGUCUUUACUUCCUUUCAGGCGCUGCACACGAUCGACUUCUCAGUGUUUGGCAAGUACGAGAAGAUGGGAAGGACAAGAACUCGGUUGUGUCUUUCACACUGACGGACGAACCGCAGCAUAUUGACCUGGUCACAUCCAACAGCAAGGAAGAGGCGGUGAGGAUGGCAGUAGUUUGUAAGGAUGGGCAGUUGCAUCUCUUUGAGCACUUUUUAAAUGGGCCCUGUAAGAAGCCCUUUUCACCCUCAUGCACGGUGCAGAUGUCAGACACAAAAGACUCCCCGAUGCCGAUACCACUUCUGGCAGCCGCCCUUGGAGCUGAUACACGGAGUGUUCUGCUGGCGUACGGGAACCACCUACAGCCUGUCAUGGAGAGAGUGGAGAUCAACACAGCAGAGAGACAUAUCUGUCUGACCCGGGAUGUCCAGACCAGCUUAUCCCUUUCCAUGGAAACCACUGUUUCCAAGGUAAAAACCCCAAUCGUCAACACCAAGAGCAAAGUGUUGGUACCUGGGCUUCCUGGUCAUCAAGCACCAGUCAAAGGAACCACACAGACAUCAGAGAAGAGGAAAAAAGACGCAGACACCAAAGAGUUGACAAUAGCGGAGCGACUUGGUGAAAUCGACCUUUCUACGGUCUCUACUGAGAAGGGAGCUCCUAAAGGAACGGCCUCUUUACAGACUGAUAACUUUGCCGUCCUGUUGGUGCAGGGCCUGGAGAGCAGUGAUGCUAACAUCCUAAAUAAAGUUUUUCAGACUCGUAAAGAGAUGGUGAUAAAGAAAACGGUUGCUCGGUUACCUCUCCCUGCCGUCUUACCUUUAGUGGAAGAGAUCACAAAGAGGCUUCAAGGGCAUCCUUUUACGGCAGUUUUAAUGGUACGGUGGCUAAAAGCUGUAUUAAUGCACCAUACAUCAUACCUGGCAUCGCUGCCAGACCUGGUUACCCAGCUCGGAGUCCUUUAUCACAUGAUCGAGAGCAGAGUGAAGAUGUUUCACAAGCUGACAAAGCUGCACGGCAAACUGUAUCUCCUAAUGACACAGGUGGCGACAGGCGACAGCAGCAACAAAGUCACAGAUGUUGACCACACAGCUAAGCUGGUGUAUGAGGAGGAAUCAUCAGAUGAAGACGAGGCCUCUGGUGAUGAAGGCCUUCCGGAUGAAGAUGACUCAGAUAACUGGGAAGAGGAGGAGGGGGUGGAGGAAAAAAUGGAAGAAGAGAAGGACAGUGCAGACGAGGAAGAGGAGGAUCCAGACAGCCGAACAGAUUCCAAAGCAAACGGAGAGGAAGACAUGGAUCACGAAAACGAGAGCGAAGAAGAAUGAGAACAAACGAGGAGAAAUCACAACCAUACUUAAAAUGGACCUGAGAGAGUUAUAUAUACUUUCAUUUUAUUUUCAUGCUUUUGAUUUUAUUACCAGAACAAAGUAUGGUUUUACAAAAAAAAAAAAUCAAGGGACACAUGUCGAUACAUGGGCAGCUGGGCCCCCCGCUUCACCAUGACACAUUUCAGCCACAGUGUCAGGGAUGUCACACCCUGCCUCCUCCCCUUCUGAGGAACUGAUGCGGGGAGUCGGGCAAAGCAGUCAGCAAAAUGAAAUUAACGCAACUUUAGUCUGCAUCCCAGCUCCAUAACUCGAUGAAUCUGCUCUGAAAAAGUCAUUUUCUAGGUUCCAGUUUUCUUACACCGCAGUCUGCAUUCCAAACUUUAUAUUGUUAUAUCAUAGAAAUAGUAUGAAUAUAUUGUAUGACCAGCUUAACAGUAGAUGAGGCAGCACUCUGUCUGUGAUUGAUUUAUUUUAAUGUAACUCUUAAGGCCAUCUGGAACCUACAGGUGCAAGCAGACCAGGUAUGGAGCUGGGAGUAAGCCCCCCGCCCAAUCCAUUAUCAGCUAUUUGUUGUACAGAAUACUGCUCAAUCCACAGGGGGGCGUAUCGGGCAGACUUUACAUCAUGUCCCCACUCAAUGUAAAUCUCUAUGUACAGUGAAGUGUUUGUAUGAGCUCUUCCCUCUACAGUUCCCCCACAGAAACCGUUGGGAUUAAAUGAACUCCUGUAAAGUCUCCUGAAUGAUGUUUUUUUUUAUUGUUUCCUGUUUUGUUGCAGCUCUCUUGUUUUAAAUUUAUUCUUUGUGCAUUUUGUUUCUAAGAUGUCCAUUGCUUGAACCCAUAAUCACACAGGCAAAAAAAAGAAAAUGUGAAUUCUGCUCAGAAAGGUAAAUAAAUGGGUUUUCAAAAUGGA